ACACGAAAUUUCAUAGCAGAGCAACGGAGUAUGUUUCUACUGAACAGACGUCAUAGUCUUCUCUUUGGAAAGCUACUUUUCGUUCUAAUUCAGAUUGGUGAGGGUUUAAGCAAAACACAUGUUAUUGAUUAUAUGAAAGAAAAUUCCACAGCUGUUAUUGAAUGUCAAUUCAAAAGUGUAUCAAAUAGUAUCACUUGGAUUGUGAUUGAUAAAAAUAACUCGUCAGAAAAAUUAACACUUGCAAUUGACAAAAUUAUUAACCAAGGCUUUGAAAAUUUCAAAGUUGUUGGUAAUCAUACCAAUGGCGAAUACAAUCUUGAAUUACAACGUGUAACGAAGGCUGACGAAAAGAUCUAUAAAUGCGUAUCAAAUAUUAACAAAAGUCCACAUGAGAUUGAGAUAUCAGUCCUUCUGUCAACGCCGAAUGAUGAAAUAAAGAUAGUGAAUGUCACUGAAUCAAAUACUGUUGUUGGUGUAAGUGGAAUAUCUUUAACUUUGGAAUGUAUUUCUGUACAUCAGCACCUUAGCAACAUUUCGUGGUCAUCGAAUGGCAAAAUAAUUAGUCAAAGCCAGGGGAAUUUGACUGCCUAUGAAUUCAUUCCAAGUGAAGAAAAUCAAAAUUCUAUAUACACAUGUACUGCAGUUUAUAUAGGAAAGACAAUUCGGAAAAGUGUCCGAUUGAAUCUCGUACGUAAGUCUUCAGAAUUAAGAUAUAUUUCUACAACAUUGGAAACCAUCAAAGGAGAACAAGAAACAAUAACUGGGUCGUCUGAGAAGAACCACAUGAUCGUAACCACUGUUGCCAUCAUUCUUGUAACUGUAGGGAUAUUAAUCUCUGUUUAUAACUUUCGAAACAAAGGUACUGAUAACAGCAGCAAAACAAAAGACAUAAACAUAAUGCAAGAAGUUCAACCAGGCGCCCAGGGAAAUGUUCAGCAUAAUCAGAACUCCUCGGGUUUGGUUUACAUCGAGGUUGACUUCGAACCAAAACAGGAAAAGAGUGGUCCUAAGUUGUUCUACGUUCAUGGUUCAAAUAGGCGAUCGCCGUAUGCUGAUAUAGACUUUUUGGCUAAAGCUGAUCCAUUACCAGAAAGUGAAUCCGACGACAAUGAAAUUGAAGAAGAUGACUUUGUUACACUAGAAGAUGUACAACGAUGGAAAAUUGAAAUUUCGGAAUAAUUUUUUAUUUUACCAUUAUUUUUUCGAUUAGCUGAAUUAGAUCGCAUGAGUUCAAAUCAAAAAUCAGCUUCAAGUCUACACUGUUUUUUUCUCAAUCGAUUUAUGAAUUUCGAACAGCGGUAUACUACUGUUGCCUUUAUUCAUUGAUUGCUGUCAUUUGGCGAUAGUUUUAUUCUCUGAGAAAUUGAGUGGUAACAUAUUUUCGGAAGUAAGUGAUCAGGAACUAACUUUAACUAAAAGAUACAUAAAAUUGUUUUAAACCAGUGCAAUACAUCCAAGCAUCUUUGUUCUUAAAUUGAAGUAGCAACUUUUUCGGGUAAAAGAUGGUCUUUUACGGGUUUUCCUGUUCCUGCUUUUGCGUUAAAUAUAUAAAUUGUUUUAGGAUUUCAGUUUCCCUGAAACAAACUUACAUGAAUAAGGUUAUUCUGUAUAGCUGUUUGUCGUGAACAUUAGUGUUCAAAUAGAUAUGAGAAGAUGUGGUAUGAGUGCCAUUUGAAUUUUACCGGCAAUUUUCAAAAUACUUAUGAUAUAAUUAUUUGAUAAAAUCUAAUUAUAUUACAAAUCAGAGAAAGUCACCUUUUAAUCAUACAAUUCACUUAAAUUUUAUGUAAAUUUUACAGUCUAUUUACAUUGGAUAUUGUGUGAAAUAAAAUCUUGUAAAUUUCAUGUAUACGUUAAGUUCGAAAGUAAUUCAGGUUAAAGCUGUGAAAAAUUUCAUUGCAUUAUCGUGAAAGUGAAAUAUACCUUGCUAUUUACAGUACUGUCAAUUUUACUAUUGUUAAACCUGUGUAAAAUCACUCAUUUAAAAAACGGUGUUUGUAGAAUGUUAUUAUUGUAACAUUACACAAAUUGAAUCUUUGUUUUGAUUUAAUACUGAAAAUUUACAUAGCUUAUCUUUUUAUGGCUGUUGGUGAUAUGAAAAUUUAUUUGUUUAUAGAGUUUUAUUUAGUGGAAUUUAAUCAUAUAUCCGUCAAUUGCAUGUGUUUAAGUCAUCGCUGAUAGAUAUAGAAUUUAAAAAGAAGCCAUUGAUCGCGCACUUCAUCCAAAGGAAUUUAGAUUUUAACUUCUUCCAUAAAUACAGAAACCUUUUUAUUUCAAAGUGGCAAUUCUGAAAUAUGAUGUAAAGGGAUAUUCUCUACUUUUAUAAUAUACACUGUCAUAUGCAUGCGGUUUUAAACAAAUAUUUGGCUUUUCGCUCCAGUGUGACUGAAGAUAAUUUAUUAGUGACAGUUACCAUUUGGUCUUAACCUGACUCGUUUUGGCUUUAGAACUUUUUUGAUCUGAGCGUCACUGGUUAGUCUUUUGUGGACGAAACGCGCGUCUUGCGUAUUACAUUUUAAACCUGGUACCUUUUGUUAGCUACAUUGUAUUAUUCGUAUGUUUCUCUGUCCUAUAUGUUCUCCAUUUAUUUGUAUUGUAGUCCUGUCAUGUAAUGUUGUCAUUUUAAUGUUAUAUUUAACAUUGCCAUAAAAGCGGGAGGUUUGGCUAGCCACAAAACCAGGUUCAACCCACCAUUUUUUUCUUAAAAUGUCCUGUACCAAGUCAGGAAAAUGACCAUUGUUAUAUUAUAGUUCAUUUCUGUGUGUGUUACAUUUUAAUGUUGUGUUUCUGUUGAGUCGUAGUUCUCCUCUUAUAUUUGAUGAUAUUCCCUCAGUUUUAGUUUGUAACCCGGAUUUGUUUUUUUCUCAAUCGAUUUAUGAAUUUCGAACAGCGGUAUACUACUGUUGCCUUUAUUCAUUGAUUGCUGUCAUUUGGCGAUAGUUUUAUUCUCUGAGAAAUUGAGUGGUAACAUAUUUUCGGAAGUAAGUGAUCAGGAACUAACUUUAACUAAAAGAUACAUAAAAUUGUUUUAAACCAGUGCAAUACAUCCAAGCAUCUUUGUUCUUAAAUUGAAGUAGCAACUUUUUCGGGUAAAAGAUGGUCUUUUACGGGUUUUCCUGUUCCUGCUUUUGCGUUAAAUAUAUAAAUUGUUUUAGGAUUUCAGUUUCCCUGAAACAAACUUACAUGAAUAAGGUUAUUCUGUAUAGCUGUUUGUCGUGAACAUUAGUGUUCAAAUAGAUAUGAGAAGAUGUGGUAUGAGUGCCAAUGAGACAACUCUCCACCCAAGUCAAAAUUUUUAAAAGAAAACCAAUAUAGGUCAAAGUACGGUCUUCAACACGGAGCCUUGGCUCACACCGAACAGCAAGCUAUAAAGGGUCCCGAAAAUUACUAGUGUAAAACCAUUCAAACGGGAAAACCAACGAUCUAAUCUAUAUAAAAAACGAGUAACGAGAAACACUUAUGAACCACAUCAACAAACGACAACUACUGGACAUCAGAUUCCUGACUUAGGACAGGUGCAAACAAUUGUAGCGGGUUUAAACGUUUUAAUGGUACCAAACCUUCACCCUUAUCUGAAAUAGAUAAAUUUGAUCUAUGAUACAAUGCAAAUACAAAAUAAAUAAACUAAAGGAAGAAUAAUUAAAGUAAUAUGUUAUACCGCUGUGAAAUAUUAAACAAUUUGAGAAACACAAUAUGCUUGAACAAAAAUAUCAGCCAUUUGAAUUUUAUUUUGGAAGAGAAAUUGCUACCCGGUGUAACCAUGUAUAGAUAAAACUUUUAUAUUCUAUUCGCCAUUAUCUCAAUAUUUCAUGUUUUGAAUGCAUACACGUCAAUCAAUGGAAUACUUCAUGUGCCAAACUUGGUACAAAUUAUACUAAAAUCAAACAUUCCGAAACACAGAAUUUUAAUCCAAAUCACUUGCUUAGUUUUCGUCUACUUUUAUAAAUGACUCAUUUAUGACAGUUUUUUUUUUUAAAGUAGUACAUUUAAAAAAUGUUGAAUAUCAAUUAUGCCAUAGUUGUAAAGAUACCAUUAUAUCGUAUUAAUAAAAAAAAAAACAAUGUAGUGUGAAUCUUCCUUUUAACUUUUCCCACAAAAACUGACAUAUGUUUUAUAUAGUUUGUUCAGCAUAACAAUAUUCUCUUUUUGUAUUUCGAUUCUUAAUAUUUACAAAAGUAUUAAAAUUCUUUAAGUCUU